GAGGAUCUCCCGGGGCGCCGGGAGCGCCGUUGGCGCCGUCCCGGCGGCGGAGCCCGACCAGCAGAAGGCCAGCGAGGACCUCGACGCCGGCCCGCCCGUCGUGGAGAGGGUCAUUCGUCCGUGGCAGGUGUUCUCGCACGAGCCAGUGCCGGAGGCCAAGGAGCAGAGUUUCUCCCGAGCAGACGCGCGCGAGUCUGGUCGCAGCCCGCGGGUAGACCCAGCGGUGAACCACGGCCAAAGCUGCUGGAGCUGCGGAUGCUGA